UUAAGAGAAGAAACUAAUGCAGCCGAAUCGACGAUUAGAAGAGUCUAGGUGUUCCAGCCAACAUUUUUUAUUAAUUUUGGCAUUUCUUUGGCUAUGUGCAUUAAUCUCAUUUGGAGUCACACUCAUAAUUAUUCAAUGGAUAGAAAAAGUUAAAAGUCCCAGAUUACCGUUGGAAAUGGAUUACAUUUGGCCGAAAAAUGUGAAGAAAAUUGUGGAUUAUGUGAUUGAAAAUGAUAUGCAUGUAACGAAUUAUGAUAGGGCAGUUUUAAUCAAAACUGAACUUAUGAGUGAUGCUUCAUUCUCAUCUGUAUUGUUUUUUUUUCAAAGAUGCCUUUUAUAUAAUGGUAUACAACAACAGAGGAGAAACGGAAAGUAAUUCCUUUUAUGGAAAUGCUGAACAAUAUAUAACUUCUUAUAAUCCUGGAAAGUCCAAUAUUAUCAUUUACCGUAGUCAUUAUUGGAGAUCAACUACUGAAAGAGCCAAGGAUAAUAUUGAAAAUGAAGUUAAAUCUAUUUGCGCGGAAGGACUCACCAAGCAGCCUGAUAUUAGCAUUUCCCUAGAAAAACUCGCCAGCGAAAUUGAAAAUUCUCGUUUUAUUGGAUUAUUUGAAAAGUAUCAAGAAGUUGCAAUUGAAUCGGCUAACAGUUUUAAUGGAAGAGGCUGGGGGCCGGGAUGGUGGAAUAAAUGUUUGGAAGUUUAUCCUGACUCGAAGAAAAAAACUGGAAAACAAUUUACUUUGAUUGCUGGGUUUCAAUAA